CAAUUAUUUAAUCCCAUAGGAAAUUGUCUUAUUUUAGUUGCAACAUUUGAAUGGAAAGCGCCAAUAUUAGUCUAAGAACAUUGAUGUUCAAUGAUAAAAUUGAUACCCCAAACCUUGGAGAUUUUCUUAGAGUCAAAGAAGACAACACCAACAACACCACCACCACCAACAACAAUAAUAAUCUUGCAGGUCUUACGUUAGGUGCUGUAUUGAGCAACAAACGAGAAUGUUCUUCUUCUUCUUCUUCUUCUUUCCCUGUCAGCUCCAAUAGAACUCUUCUUGACAUCAUUCGAGAUGAUCCCACCAACAGCAAUAGCAGAAAAAACAAGAAAUCUUGGAAACAUUUCAGAAACAAACUACGUAUCAAACCUGACAACAUUUCCAUUGAUCAACAACAUAAUAACAACAAUCCCAUAGUGUCUCAUAGGUUGUCCCCUACAUAUCCUGAAGAACUUCCUGUUGAAAACUUUGGUCAACCUGAGAAUGCUGGAGAAGAAAUUAAUGAACCUGUGAGAAUGUCAUUAAUCGCGUUGUUAACAGAGAAUGAUGGAGAUGGUUCAGCUUAUAUGAUUGGAGAUGAAGACGAAGAAGAAGAUGAAGAUAAUGACGAUGAUGAUGGUGAUGAAGUUGCUGGUGUUGAUGUUGGUGUCGGUGUCGGUGUCGGUGCUGGAGGAGAAUAUAAUAAUUGUUGUGUGUGUAUGGUGAGACAUAAAGGUGCUGCAUUUAUACCAUGUGGACAUACAUUUUGCAGGUUGUGUUCAAGGGAACUUUGGGUUCAAAGGGGUAAUUGUCCACUCUGCAACAAUUUCAUACUAGAAGUUCUCGACAUUUUCUGAAUCAAUUCAUCAAAAUUUCAACUUCCACAGUUUCAACAUUAGCCUAAAAAGAGCAGUUCGGUGUACACAACAUUCCGUGUUAGCAGGGUCAGGAAAGGACCGCAUCUAGGGGUGUGACUUAGAUAAUCUAGUGGCUGAUUCCACGGCUCGAACCAUGACUCGAGACUCCCCUGCAAUAUUAGCCUUUUUUAUUAAUUUCAUUUUAUGGUAUUUUCUCUUGCUCUUUGCUCCCUUCAUCUUGUUGAUUGUGGGAGAAUGAAGUGCAGUUGGAUUAUUGUUACUGCUUCAUUUCAUCUGUCUCUUGUUUUAUAUCCCUUUGUGAGUUAAGCCAUAUUGACUAGGAUUAUGAGUUAGUUACUAAUUUAGUGAUGGCAUAAUAGGGUAAUGGUCCUUGGUGUUACCCCCUAUCCCUAUGUGUAUAUUGUACCUCUGUCUUGUAUGGACUAUUCAACGUAUGAAUAGGAAAAAGAGAGAGAACAAACAAAGGCCUUAUUAUUUGAGGUCA